AUGGAUCACAUUGACACUCUCCCCCUUGUAGACUCCCCUGAGGUGUUUGGACUGCAUCCAAACGCCGAUAUCACGUAAGUUGAGAUUUAACGAAACAAGGCUUAGAACCCCUUCACGGUUGAGAUUUAACGAAACAAGGCUUAGAACCCCUUGACUUCCAGUUUUAGAAAAUUGUUUAGAAAGAAAAAUAGCCCUAACUCUUUAAACCAUCUUUUUGUGUUUAAAAAUACGAUACUGCAACAACCGUUGUAAAAUCCGAGGAAGAAGUUGUAAAAAAGAACUUUGCACCUUUGCAUGUUAAAUUGUAGCUACGUUAACGAUGCAUUCGGCUGAAAAACAAAAUGAACAGGGCUGUCGAAAUUAACUAACGAGUAUUUCACGUGUGUUUACAGAUACCAGAGUAACCUGGCCAAGUCUUGCCUGGAUACAAUCCUUAGCAUUCAGCAAAAGGAUAGCUCGGGCGGCGGAGGAGAAACCCGCGAGUCUGUUGUACAGCGGCUGGCUGAUGACAUGCUGGAUAAGCUUCCUGAAAACUACAUCGCACAUGAGGUAAACUGAACGAAUAAGAUUAUUUUGACGUUUCACUGUGUAUCCGAGUCUUCAGUUCUUUGUCAAUCACGGAAAAAAAGUGGACCUCUUUUCAUCGAGGAUUUUCUAGCGUAUAAACUGGUACUCGAGUACAAAGGUUGAAAAUUCUCAUUUUUUUUCAUUUCAGGUGAAGGCGAGGUUACAGAAGAUGGGAGCACUGUCUCCCAUGAAUAUCUUCUUGAGGCAAGAAAUCGAUCGAAUGCAGAGAGUUAUCACCGCUGUGCGGCAGACACUGACAGAUCUAAAACUGGCCAUUGACGGAACCAUCAUUAUGAGCGAGGUUAGCUUUCUUCUAUUCUGCCUUUUUGGCAUUUUCUUCAAGUUUUAUCUUUCUUUGAAAAACCUGAGAAUCAUCGAAUGACAAUGUGGAAUAUUAUCGCCAAUCCUUGGCUUUCAAAAAACGGAGCUGAUAAAUUGGUUUUGUUUGUUUGUUUGUUUUUUAUAAUUUGCCAUCAUGUAAAUGGUCAUGAGAAGUGCCAAUGUUAGUUAGAGUGACCAAGCCAUUCUUUUAUUGUAGCUAUAGCAGGUGCAGCCAAACGGACUGUUCCAUGUCCUGGGCUUAAACUUUCACUGUGCACUUUUCUUUAUUUGAUUUUUAUACUAUUCUUGUCCUUUUCUUUAGACUUUAAGAGACUCACUUGACUGUAUGUACGAUGCCAGGAUACCUACACACUGGAAAAAAGUAAGUAGUUGACAAUUAACCCUUUAAACCCUAAUAUCAAAAUUUGAAUUCUCAAUUGUUGCCCCUAUUCAUUUCCCACAGAAUCAGCGGGGAGAAGUUGAUAAAAUAUCAAGCAAAUUCUUCUUGUGGGAUCAUUUCCGUAAUUCUCUUGACCACUCUCUUUUACAAAGGGUAAGGGUUAAGACAGGAGAAAAUGUCGGGACAACCACAGGUUAAAGCGGUCUAGUUACACAUUUAAAAGUACUUUCCCGAGAAGACAUCGACCACUUUUUUCCAUUUUUCUUCCACUUUAUUUCAUCACUUUGUAGAUCUCAUGGGAGUCUUCCACGCUUGGAUUCUGGUACACCGAACUUUUGGAAAGAAACAGCCAGUUUAGGAAUUGGUGUUUUGAAGGAAGACCUAAUGUGUUCUGGAUGACAGGCUUCUUCAAUCCCCAAGGAUUCCUCACCGCCAUGAGACAGGUAUGAUUUAUUCGCCACUUUAAGGUUGCGCGGGAAACCGGGUCGAAAUGGUUGUCAAAGUGCAUUGUGGGACUUUUUGGGGGGACAAAUUUGCCGCCAUAUUGAAAAUGCGUCCUCCAAAACAGUCCCACAAUGCACUUCGACAAUCAUCUCGACCCGAACUCCCGCGUAACCUCCGGACCUCUGUUUCAAAACGAGGGUAGGUGCUCAGCCUUUGAUAUGGAAAUCAUUUUUCCUUCUCAUGCAAAUGAAACUCAUUUUCACAAGAAAGGUUGUGCACCUAGCCUCAUUUUGAAAGUGAGGGUUUUUGGAACUCGGAAGUGGCCUAUUGUAAUCGCUGGUAGUCAGUUUUGCUCAGUAAUUAACAGUAUCACUCGUUUUACCGUACGUUUGGUCAGUCAUAGACCAACGGUGAAGUCAGAGAGUGACCCCGGAGGCGAGUUGGUGAAAUAUAACGUCGUCAUAUGUUGACGCCUCUAGAGACCCUUUGGUAGCUUUAAACAUAUUUAGUAGAAAAGACUGGUUAUGACAGGCCGCAAACAUUAAAGGUAACAACAACGGUACCGCAGUUUAUGUUGGAAGUUCUCUGACGGUGCACAAUUCUUUGUUUUUUAAUGACGGAAUAAAUUAAUGUAACGUUUCUAUUGGUCAAAAAGAUCAAUAAUACAGGAAUGCUAACCAUUCCAAUAUAUCAACUAUGCUUUAACCUAACUACUAUGUAGCUAGUUACAAGGAAUAUAUGUUUUGGUUCAAUUUUUUCCUCUGUUUUUUAUCUCCUUCAUUAUCAUAUAUCACCAUACCCAAAAACAAAAGAAAAUGAAAUUUAAACCAAAGAUAAAAUUAAACCACAACAUUUACAUUUUUACAAUAUUUGUCAAUAUCAUGAGAUAAAAAUUAAACCAGCCUUGUAGUGUGCGAAUGAUUUUUUUCCUAUUUCUUUCUUUACCUUAAGAAACAAAAUUUACGCAUGAUUUUUUUCUAUUUAUCAGGAAGUGACGCGUGCGCACAAGGGCUGGGCCCUGGACUGCGUGGUGCUUCAUAAUGACGUCACGCGUUUCUUUAAAGAUGACAUCACUCAGCCCCCAGCUGAAGGGGUCUAUGUGCAUGGAUUGUAUCUUGACGGAGCAGGGUGGGAUCGCAGAGGCUGCAAACUUGUGGAACCCACUCAAAAGGUUCUCUUCACAGCCAUGCCGGUCAUUCAUAUCUACGCUAUUAACACGACCGCUAGCCGAGAUGCCCGGAUGUACCAGUGCCCGAUAUACAAGAAACCAAGGAGAACAGAUCUGACGUAUAUUGCAAGUGUGGACUUGAAAACCAAUCAGAAUCCAGAUCACUGGAUUCUGCGCGGUGUCGCCCUGCUGUGUGACAUUAAGUAAAUUUCUGCAUAUUACUCAAGAUCUUUCAAAAAAAAGUUAUUCCUUGGAACCGUUGUAAACAUGGGUUAGAAAUUCGAGUUAGAAAUUAACUUGACUUGUUAACUGUUUAUUGUCCAAUCACGAAAGACGACCAAAAAAUAACACUAGAUUUUUAUGAGGCAUCUUACGUUUGAAAAUUGACUAUUUAUACGCAAAGUGUGGAAGAACGUACCUCUAUCCGA